AUGCCAAUGCCCAAAUUCGACAGCAGCAACCCUUUCAACUUUGUCCCGACCCCGUCUCCCUCUUCACAGGAUGGCAACAGCAGACCAAGACAGCUCAGCAUGAAUGGCCGGCCACGGCCCAGAGCAGAGUCAAUAUCGUUGUCUGACAUAGUGGCAAAGGAUGCGGCAAGAUCUUCUAUUGGAUUCACUCAGACACUAGGCUCACUUGGCUUCGCUCCAAAUGAGACUCUCGAGGACUUCCUAGACAUGAGCUUCAAUCCAGAGCCACUAGAGCAGCCGCACGAACAAGACCCUUUUCUGGGAAGUGAGCAGGACCAGAAGGCUUACUACGAACUGCUGAUGGGAAAGCGGAAGGGCGUGGUUACGUCAACGGGCAGCGGCUACAAUAGUGGCCAGAUCGAUGUGCCGCCGCGACCAUUCGACCGCCUGUACAUACCAGACGAGGGCAUGCUCCAAGAAGAUGCAGAGGAGGUGCCCACCGUCAGACGUGGAAACAGGGCGUCAUGGCCUAUAUGA